CCCUAUAUAUUAUUAUACUCUUUGGUUCUGUGGACUGUGGAGGCGAGAGCCGUAGUUUGUACAUUGUAGCAUAUUUAUUCUCAAAAAGUUUUACGGGUUACUGUUGAUGAACCACUAGCCAUGUCUUCAAAGAAUCUUUGUGUGCCAUUCAUUCGGCAUGUUGCGACUAGAAGGUAUGCUCAAGCUGCUCCAGCUAUUAAAGAAGUAUCAAUUCAACAUGGUACUGUCAACCAGACUUCAGUAAUUUCUGUAGACAAUGGCUCGCCCGUAACUCGUGUUACUGUCGCAUUCAGGGCUGGAUCACGAUAUGAACCACAAACGGAGCUGGGUAUUUCUCAUGUGCUUCGUUCGGCAGCUGGUCUCAGUACUGGUAAAGCCAGUUCAUUUAUGAUUUCACGCAAACUGGCACAAAUUGGAGCGACAUUCAAUGCCUCGGGCGAUAGAGAAUUAAUUUACUAUACUCUUGAGGCCACUCAAGAUCACUUGGAGGUUGCUCUUGAGUACUUGACCAAUAUUAUAUCAUGCCAGGAGUUUAGACCUUGGGAGCUGAGUGAUAAUGUGCCACGGUUGAAGUAUGAGCUAGCAGCGCUCACACCUCAGGUCCGUGCUGUAGAUCUGUUGCACAGAGCUGCGUUCCGCCGGGGGCUGGGCAACUCUAUAUUCGUAUCACCAAAGCGAGUGGCAACCAUUGGCUCUGAGUCGCUGCAACACUUCGCGACGAGCACCCUGACACCUGCCAGGUGUGCAGUUGUCGUUGUCGGAAAUAAUCAGGACAAAGCAUCUAUUGUUGCUCAAGCUCUUCAGCUAUCCACAUCCUCCUCUGCAAGUGAUCAGAAAUCUGCAUACUUUGGUGGAGAGCUCAGAAAGGAGAUGGGCGGGGCACUCUCUCAUGUGGCUCUUGCUUUACAAGGAGCCGCUGCUGGAUCUAAGGAGAGCCUUGCUCUUGCCAUCGCUGCUAAAGCAUUCGGAAGUGGUCCAGUCACAAAAUGGGGAACAGACAACUCCCCGUUGGCGAAGACAAUCGGCAAUAUUGGUCCGUUCGCGGCUGCGGGCUUCAACGUGUCUUACUCAGACAAUGGUCUGUUUGGUGUUAUCCUGACUGUUCCCAAGGAUGAAGCUAAUACCGCAGUUAAAGCAGUUGGAAAGUUCUUGAAGAGCCCGUCUCUCCCAUCCGAAGCCAUCAAAGCGGGCAAGUGCCAGCUCAAGUUACAAGUGCUGAGUGAAGCGGACACUGGCUCCGUACUGUGCGAGUCGCUCGCCGCUCAAGCUCUGUCCGCGGGCGCCGUGAAGUCUCCGCUCGAACUGGCCAAUGCCAUCGACCAAAUUGCUGAAUCUGAUGUUUUGCAGGCUGUAUCAUCUGCUGCGAAAAGAAACCUAUCAAUGGGUUCAGCGGGCAAUCUGGCUUUUGUGCCAUACAUAGAUGAGAUUUAAAUCAUUUGUAGCAAUUGAUCCUAGAUAGUGUUUUGUUAGUAUCUACUGAAUAUAACUGAAAUAUGGAUGUUACUUUAAUUUAUUGUUAAUGAAAUAUACAACUUAUAACAAA